GGAAAAAGUGAAAAAAUGGCGACUUGCACAGUCUGAACUCAAGCGCUGCACUCUCGUUAACUACUAAAGUAUUACUUUGCGAAUGGAAUAUAGUGAUUCUGAAGUUAUUAAUGCGUUUUGUGAACUAUUGCCCUUAAAUCGGAGAGCAUUCAAUCAGGUGUGCUUGAGUGAGUGAGUGUGUUGGAGUGUGUGAGUGUGUUGGAGUGUGUGUGUGUGUUGGAGUGUGUGUGUGUGUCGGGCUGAGUGGUGAGAGCGAGCAUGCUGGAGUCGGCCUACAGAGACGACUACCUGGCGGCUGACCAGAUGGAACCCAAGCGCCUGCUGCCCAAGCGAGAGCGCAGCGUGAGCGAGCUGGAGGCCAGCCUGACCGUGGGCCAGUAUGUCCUGUGCUGCUGGUCCGACGGCCUCUACUACCUGGGCAAGAUCCAGAGGGUCAGUCCCCCAAAACAGAGCUGCUUUGUUACGUUUGAGGACAACUCCAAAUUCUGGGUCCUGUGGAAAGACAUACAACAUGCUGGAGUGCCCGGUGAGGAACCCAAGUGCUCUGUGUGCUCGGAAAUAGUGUCGGUACCAGGCACCAAUGUCAUUCUUAUCUGCGGCAAAUGUGGAAUAGGUUACCACCAGCAGUGCCACCUGCCCCCCGUAGAGAGUUCUGCAGAUGUCUCCCCCUGGUUCUGCAGGAAGUGCAUCUUUGCCCUGGCUGUGAGGAAAGGGGGCGCUCUGAAGAAGGGCCCCAUUGCCAGAGCACUGCAGGCCAUGAAGCAGGUGCUGGCCUACAACCCAGAGGAGCUGGACUGGGACUCACUGCACCGCACCAACCACCAACAGUGUUACUGCUACUGUGGAGGACCUGGAGAGUGGUACCUGAAGAUGCUGCAGUGCUUCAAGUGUGAGCAGUGGUUCCACGAGGCCUGCAUCCAGUGCCUGCAGGAGUCUAUGAUGUUCGGAGACAGGUUCUACCUGUUCAUCUGUGCCGUGUGCAAUAAAGGAGUGGAGUACAUCAAGCGGCUGGCGCUCAGAUGGGUGGAUGUGGUCCACUUGGCGCUGUACAACCUGGGGGUGCAGAGCAAGAAGAAGUACUUUGAGCUGGAGGAAAUCCUCAGCUUCAUCAGCAGCAACCUGGAGCACUUCCAGCUGGGAAAGCUUUCAAACACACCUCCUGCAGAGAGAGGACAACACAUCCUGGAUGCGCUCAACAACUAUAAAACCAAGUUCCUCUGCGGGAAGGAGAUCAAGAAGAGGAAGUGCAUUUUCCGCCUGCGCUCCCGAGUGCCCCCCAACCCCCCCUCCAAGCUGUUCCCCGAGAAGGCCCAGAGCGAGGGCCGGCGCGGACGCAAGAAGGGCAGCGGCCGCAACAGCAGCUCAGCUCCAGCAGAUAAGAGGAGAAAGAAGAGGUCCAAGUGGCUUCUAGAAGACGCCAUACCCAACAAUGACCUGAGCUCCUGGAGUGCUAACCAUCACAUGGCCAACAUAUUCGACUUCACGCUGGACGAGCUGCAAAGCUUGAAAAGUACCAGUUCAGGCCGAACCCUCAGUCUGGACCAAGACUCCACAGAUGCAGCCAGCACUUCGGGCUCAGCCACCACCAGUGUCUCCUACGACUUCCGUAAGAACGUGGGAAGCCGUAAGCGUAAGCUGCCCUCCUCCUGCUACUCGCUGAUGGCCACCAAGAGGGCGGCGUCAGAGAGCGACCCCAUCAGCCCCCUGAGCCUGCCCGGUGAGGACCCGCCCGUCGCCCUGGAGACGGGCAUCGACAGCCACACCUUCGAGAGCAUCAGCGAAGACGACUCGUCACUCUCCCACCUCAAGUCGUCCAUCACCAGCUACUUUGGUGCCGCCGGCCGCCUCACCUGUGGGGAGAAGUACCAGGUGCUGGCCCGGCGCAUCACACCUGAGGGAAAGGUCCAGUACCUUGUGGAGUGGGAGGGCACCACACCCUACUGAACUGGCAUGUCGUUUCACAUCCCCACCCUCCCCAUUAACACCUAGAGUAGCAGUUCACGAACCCCAGACCCAUUUGACCAAAUGAUUAUUGUUAGUAGUAUUUGUCUGAAGCAGCACUUAGCAGACUGAACUGAGGGAAGGCAACAAUGUGUAUAAGCUAUUACCAGACAGUCAUUUCACAGUAAGCCAUUGACAAAGCAUGACCCCCCCCCAAACACACACACACACACACACACAUACACACACCAGUACUGUGUGAAUCAAACAAUUCUGUUCUGUACAGCAAUGACUCGGUACUGCCCUGUUUGUUUAGAAGGUAAACAAUAAACAAACAGAACAGAUCAACAACAGACGCAUCCACUGGACAGCAACUGGUCACAUACGACUGAUCCCGAGUCAGAAUUCAGAAUCAGCAGCGUGUCUGCAUUAAGAGUCAAAUGUCAAUAGAAGAGUUCAACAGCCUUUGUCUGUUGGACCAGUGUGACCACAUCCUGUUUCCCCUCUGAGCAGAAGCUACGUGCUCUGUUCUGUUCUGAUGGAUGUAGCUGACCUGUGCUAUCUUCUCUUUCUGUAGUACACCGCGCACCUGACGGACGUAUCUGACCUGUGCUAUCUUUUCUUUCUGUAGUACACCGCGCACCUGACGGACGUUGUUGACCUGUGCUAUCUUCUCUUUCUGUAGUACACCGCGCACCUGACUGACGUAGCCGACCUGUGCUAUCUUCUCUUUCUGUAGUACACCGCGCACCUGACUGACGUAGCUGACCUGUGCUAUCUUCUCUUUCUG